GUCAAGUCAAGUAUGAAAUCAAAUCCAAGUUGCAAGACGGUUUUCCUUUGAAUUCUCGCUGCGAAGCUCGCUUUCGCGACUAUCAUGAAAUGGAUUACAGCUUCCGAGAAACUGUAUUAUCUAGCCUAAUGUAAUAACUCGAAGGUAUCGCAUGCGCCCUGCUGUUGGUGCGGCGUAAGAUGAGCUGGGUCAAACCCGCCGAUGGAUUUUGUUUGGAGCCGCCACCGAAUCAAAGCACCCGCAAGCGAGUGACAAGAAAGCGGCCAGCUCCAAAAGACACCGGCGGUCCCGCGGAUCUGGCUACGUCGGAUCCAGUGGAAUCACUUGCCCGCAUCAAUGGAGGCUCCUGGGUGGAAAAAUUCGCUCCAAAGAGUCGUGACGAUUUAGCUGUCAAUCGGGAUAAAGUGGACCAAGUUUCUCGUUGCUUCAAGGAAAAACUCAAAGCCUCUGCAACGAAUGCAGGUGCAGUCAUUCUUCUUUGCGGACCUGCUGGUUCGGGAAAAACAGCGACGCUACGCUGCCUUGCAGCAGAAGAAGGCUUUACCGUCUGUGAAUGGAUCAACCCAGUUUCCCUUACUGCGAGAAUGGAAUUCAAUACAAACUGGGAUUUUGGAAGAAGCAGCGGACAAGUUGAGGAGUUUGAAGACUUCCUUUUUCAGUCGAGUCGCUAUGCCUCACUUCUCACUGGAGACUCUGCAAAGAGGGUUGUGCUUGUAGAGGACAUACCAAACAUUUUUAUCAGGAACGUUGAAAGUCUGCACCGUGUCCUGAGAAUGUGCCAUAGAGUUGCUGUUGCACCUCUCGUAUUUAUUAUCAGCGAUUCGUCCGACAAACUGGAACAUCGGCUCUUCCCCGAGUCUUUUAUCAAGGAACUAGAUGUCACAAAAAUCACGUUCAAUGCUAUUGCAACAACCUUUGUCACAAAAGCUCUUUGUGCGUUGCUUGAUAAAGCUGUGCAAUUGCAAGCCAUCACCCACGAACCUACGGCCGACGAUAUCGAUAGCAUUGUUGCUGCAAGCAAUGGAGACAUUCGUAGUGCCAUCAACGCUCUUGAGUUCUUCUGUUCUCCUCGACAGUGCAUGGGCCCUGUAAAGAGUAAGACUGCUGCAAAGAAACAGUGGAGUGGCGCCUGCAAGAAGCGGCGAAAGAAGGCGGCUAAACCUGAUGUGCUUAAUUGUGGCAUUGGACGAGACGUGCCUCUGACCCUGUUCCAUUCACUGGGCAAAAUACUGCAUUGCAAGCGUAAACAACCUGACUGCUCCAAAACAGAUGGCAGUACUGAAGCAUCAGCUGGUGAUCUUUCCCUGCCAUCAGUGAAGGAUCCAGACAAAAACCCCACUACUGACAUCGCUCCUGAGGAGGUGUUUGAGCGGGCGGCAAUUUCAGGAGAGGCGUUUGCUCUCUUUCUCCAUCACAACAUGCCCGACUUUGCUGCUGACAUUCACACUGUAGCUGAAUGCUCGGAGUGGUUCUGCCAUGGUGAUGUCUUGCUCUCUGAAUGGACUAGUGAGAAUGUGAUGGAAAAACAUGCCAUGUCAGUGGUGACAAGAGGAGUAAUCGCCAGCCUGUCACAGCAGGGUACCAAAGGUGUUGGGUGGAAGCCACUGAGCAAGCCGCAGUGGUCAGCUGCCUUCAGAGAUAUCAGGCAGAAACUUUAUGACCUGCGAGUGGCAUUUAAAGGACAGCACAGUUCAGGACGGGAGCUGCAAUUGGACAGGGUGCCAUACUUAGCUCUGCUUCAGAAAAAUGGACUUCAGUUGUCAAACACCAGGAGAGCACUCGUUGAAGAAAUUGGCACUCUGUCGAACAGAACAUUCUUUCGUCAAACAAGCCUUAACGAGCAAGACACCCUGGAUGACAGCGAAAUGGAACUUUCUGUGAACUACACUUGUAGGAAUGUGGAGGCAGUUUUGGAUGACCAUGACUACUCGGAUGAGGAAAUCAUCAUUGAAGAGUACGAUGAUUGAUCGGCAGUGUCUGCUUUUCUCAAGUGUAGCUACACAC